UAAGAGUAGCAGCAGCACCAGGGCAGGGACUGACUCCAGCCCUUGGACUUAGGACAUCGCAACACCUUCCCUUGCGUGCGUGACUCAUUCGCACAUCCUUUCUGUUUAUGCCUGGGGUGGGGAGAAAAAUCCCAAACCAGCUGUGUAAAUGAGUAUGGAAGAUUAUGAUUUCCUGUUUAAAAUUGUUUUAAUCGGCAAUGCUGGUGUGGGGAAGACGUGCCUAGUCCGACGGUUCACUCAGGGUCUUUUCCCCCCAGGACAAGGAGCCACAAUUGGAGUUGAUUUUAUGAUUAAGACAGUGGAGAUUAAUGGUGAAAAAGUAAAGCUCCAGAUCUGGGACACAGCAGGUCAAGAGAGAUUUCGGUCCAUCACCCAGAGUUAUUACCGAAGCGCCAAUGCCUUGAUCCUCACCUAUGACAUAACCUGUGAGGAAUCCUUCCGUUGCCUUCCUGAGUGGCUGCGGGAGAUAGAACAAUAUGCUAGCAACAAGGUCAUCACUGUGCUAGUGGGCAACAAGAUUGAUCUGGCUGAAAGGAGAGAGGUCUCCCAGCAGAGAGCUGAAGAAUUCUCAGAAGCUCAGGACAUGUAUUACCUGGAGACCUCAGCCAAGGAAUCCGAUAACGUGGAGAAACUCUUCCUUGACUUGGCGUGCCGCCUCAUCAGUGAAGCCAGGCAGAACACACUUGUGAACAAUGUAUCCUCACCCUUACCUGGAGAAGGGAAAAGUAUCAGCUAUUUGACUUGUUGUAAUUUCAACUAAAGGCUGAGGCAAGGAGAAGCAAGAGGAAUCAGCAGUUGCCCUGAUGGGCCACCAAUUGCUGGGGAGAUCUGGCGAUGACUAUGGGUCCCGCUCUAGGACCUUCUGACUCCUGUGGGCUCCUGAGCUUACAAAGCAUGGCAGGCCAAGGGCCUCGUCCACAGGCCAGCAUUAGCAGAACAUAUAAUGGUUUCACCCUUUUGCAGUCUGGAGUCGGAUCAAGGAGAAAAUUGCACUAGGCGCUCCAUGAUCUGCAGAGCAUGUUGCUUUUGUUUUUUUUAAAAAAGCAAGUAAAACGCAUUCCUGAACACAGUCCAGGGGGAGACGUACUGUAGGGAUCCCUCCUGCACGUCAGUGGGUGCAUGUGGGGGCUGCUCUUUAGGGCUUCUGGGGGCCCUGGUUUUCUUGUCUACCAGGUAAACCAAAACUGGGAACGCCAAGUCCUGUCUCUGGUGCGUGUUGAUAGCUCCAUGGAGAUUUUGAAAAGUGUUAUUUCUCUUUUCCAUGGGCACUUUCAAGAACUUUGGGAUGUAAAAAUGAAACGAAACCUUUACCCGUGACAACAGUAGCAAUCAUUGUUUUAUUAAUGUAUACAAGCUCCAUGACUCCUUUUGGUGCUAAUGAUUCCACUCUUUCACAGACCAAACAUUUUAGUACAUUGAUGUCCUUAAAUACAUUUCAUAGAAAUAAAAACGAAACAAAACAAAACAAAAAAAAGAAAAAAGGGAAGUCCAUUAAUCAGCUGUCUUUCUCAAAGUCUCAUUAUCACCUUUUCUAGGGUAGAUUUGUUGGGAAAGAGAAUACUUUCCUUUCCUGUUCCCCUCUGAAUCUCUACCACUUUCUUCUUCAAUUCUCCCAUCUUUCCUGCCCUUUAAGUAAAUGAAAAAGUUUGAAAAAUGGAAAAAAAAAAAGAGAGAAUGGUAGAUACCCUAAUAUAAAAGAUUAGCUCUAAAACAUUAUGAGUAGUGUGAGAAAACAGACCCGAUCUGACCAAAAUACUGUGGAUUAAUGGACUGCCGUGCAGAGUUCCAAGCAGAGCACAGUCCUUGAUAGCAGGUCACAUCUUUUACUUCCUGGUACUACCCAUCUUGGACAGACCAAGGCUUAGGAUUUUGUAGAAGUUUUUAGUACGGUAAGUGAGAAUAGCAACAGAUGAAAAGUCUCACAAUUUUUGUAUCUGCAAUGAUAACCUUAGAAAAAUUCUGCUUCUAGAAGCAGAUUGAGUAGUCAUUUGUCAUCUCCUUGUAGUAAUAUUACUCUCUGACUCAUGACCAUUCAUUCUUUCCUGUUUCUUUUUCUUUUCCUCUCUCUCUUUCCUGGUCUUCCCUUUUUACCUCCUCUCCUCCUUAUCCCCCUCCUUCCCUCCCUUCCUUAUAUACAUGUGUUACUGCAAAUCUCCAAUUCAAAUGGAGGUAUAUAUGCCUUUACUUAGCCAAUUUAAAAACAGAACUCAAAAUGGAAGCCAUGCUGCUGAAUAUGUGUUACUGUUUCUUCAGUGCCAUACUUUGAUACCUUCCAAUUUGUUCACUGAUAUAAAUGCAAAUUGGGAAAAUAAUUAAACCUAUUUGCUGUUGAUGCUGUCAGAUGUUUCUGUAGCUUGCUGCUUAGUAUAAUUGAGGGAUGAGUAAUGGGAUAAGGAUAUGAUACAUAAUUCCACUGUUGCUGUAGAUGGUGGCAGUCUUGGUCCUGAUAUAUUGAUGUGUGAAAGCUACUGAGUUUUAAAGCAAUGAGUCAUGUGGAGACACAAUAUUGGUGAAGCCUUUCUAGCAUUUCCUUAGUAGGUUUCAGAGCGACCUAUCUGCACAUGGGGACUGUACAUAUUGUUUAAGGGACUGAUACUUAUGGUUGGCCUCACCACGCUUGUCCUGAUCCUAUGGGUAAGAGAAAGAGAUCCCAGAAGUUUGAAAUGCUUUUAUUUUAGAACCUAUCUCUAUAGGAAAGAAAAAUCAUUUUAAUAAACACCAAACAAAAUAAUUUAUCAUGGUUGCCUUUCCCUCCCCAUUUUCCCCACCAAGCCAGCAAGUAAAGGUGUUCAGAAAAGUUCAUCAAAGUGGGCAGAAGAACUCUUUUUAAAUGUUGAGGAAAUGUCCCUAAGUUUAGGUUCACUAUCUGUCAUUUAGGGCAAAAAUCCAAAGUCCCCAGCAUAUCAUGACUCAACUUUGUCUCACAGCAUAAGUGUGUUGAAAAUAAAGUUGCUUUAUGAACUCAGAGAAUAGAACAUUGUUAGACUGGACAAAUUUAGUUGUAAAAUAACAGGUUGUAGGGCCACUCUUGCAUUCUGAGAUUAUUUCCUAGGGCUCAGUCUCCUUUAUCUACUCUUGGCCAAACUCAGAAGGGUAUUAGAAAGCUCUGCUCUUGGCCCCUUUCUUCCCUGUUACCCUUCCCAGCCUUUCUGUACUUACAGUCACCCAUCUAUGGCACAUCAGCAAGGACACAUGAGAAUGCAGGGCUUUGUUUCUUUUUUUCUCUUAGUUGUAUGAAUUCUAGAUUAGGCCUUAUGGACACUUGUUCACUGAUGUAUCUCAAGUUUGAGAACAAGCCCUGACAAUAUUGUAGGUGCUCAAUAAAUAUUAGUUGAAUAAACGACUUAGUGCCAAGAGGAGCUUUUUCAGUUAAACAGAAAUUUAUCAAAUAGAACUUGAGAAAGGACACUAAUUAAAUGUGGC